GCACAAUUCAAUCUCUACAAACAAAAAAUCUUAACUUUUUUCUAUGAAUAUGUCUCAAGUGGUAUCCAUCUCUUGCAGAGGACCACUUCCCGUAUUACUUUCCGCCAGACCGACUUCAGGGAAGCCGUCGAAGCGUGCUAAAUCCUUUUCUCGACCCUUUUCAACUUCAUUUCCUUCUAUAGUCUCGCCAGAACCCAAGUCAAAGUCAAACGCAAUUUCCUCAGAAACACCUUUUGUUGUUAAUCCGACAUCCAAAACGGAUGAUGACAACUUGGAUUUUGGGCUUGGUAAUUCGAAUGGAACCAAUUCUGGUUCACAGUGUGCGAAGUCGACUGAAUAUGGCAUUGAAAAGGUGAUAUUUGACUUCCGGUUUUUGGCACUUCUGGCUGUUGCAGGCUCAUUAGCCGGCUCCUUGUUAUGUUUUCUAGAUGGCUGUGUUUAUAUUGCUGAUGCAUAUAAAAUAUACUGGACGAGCUGUUUGAAAGGAGUUCUUUCGGGCAAAAUGGUGCUGCGCUUAGUUGAAGCUAUAGAUGUUUAUCUUGCUGGGACAGUCAUGCUAAUAUUUGGUAUGGGUUUAUACGGAUUAUUUAUCAGUAAUGCUCCAGAUAAUAUACCACCAGCAGAGGAUCGUGCUCUCAAGGGUUCUUCCUUGUUUGGGAUGUUUGCUUUGAGAAAACGACCUACAUGGAUGAAGAUCUCGUCACUUGAUGAACUGAAGACAAAAGUUGGACACGUAAUCGUUAUGAUUCUUCUAGUGAAGAUGUUUGAGAAGAGCAAAAUGGUUACCAUAACAACUGGUUUGGAUCUUUUAUACUACUCUUGUUGCAUAUUUCUAUCAUCUGCUUCUUUGUACAUUCUCCACAAUCUUCAUAACUAACUUCAUAUAUUAACCCCUCAUCUUCCCACUUUAUCUGUGAGUCAGUGGCAUGUAUAAAAUUUGUAUAUUGAUGUUAAAUUUGUUUAGACGUACAUGUAUAGAAUCUGUAUGUUCUUACUUUUGUACAUAUAUAUUUAAGAGAUUAUACAAAUAUUUCAAAAA